AUGGAGGAGGAGCAAGAGGCGCGACUGGACGAGAUUGAGGGAACAUUGCGCGGCCAUGUCGGGUUGAUUGAGGAUUCGCUCGAUAGGAUUGAAGGAAAAGGGGAUGCUUGCAAACAGGACAAUCUGUACAACACAAGGGCGAAAGAUGGAAAGGAGGGUAGCAAAGCAUGGCUCAACAAGGUCUCGUUCAAAAUCUUCAACACGUACGAGAACCCGCUGCGUAUGGUCGAAAAGCCGCCCUUUGAGGUCACCGAGACUGGAUGGGGAGGUUUCAAUAUCGAUAUAAGGUUGCACUUCCAGCCAAUAUCAGGAGAGAAGGCACAGUAUAGGCAACACUUCCUCCAACUGGAAAAGUACGGCGACGAGAAGAUGCAGGCAGAGCAGGAACGGACGGGCUGCGUACGUUCUGAAUUUCUUGAGGUCGUGCAGUUCAACGAACCUACCGAAGCGCUUUUCGAUGCUCUCACCUCGGAAGACCAAUGGAACUACCUCAUUCCGGCUGGCAAGGGUGGCUCUAAGAAGGCCUCUCUCGGCGCAAACGGAAGGCUCAAGCGUGGCUUGCCCAACGGGGAAAGGAGUGCACAGUUGCCAGAGAAGGGUGCAGACGAAGUUCCCUUUAGUCAAGAACAGGAACAGGCGUUGCAAGACUUCUUCAAGGCCAAGAUGGAAGAGGUGGAGAAGCAGUUGGAAAAGGAGGCUAAGAAGAAGGAGGAGGUUGAGGCUAAGCUCAAAUCAUUACGCGGUGAGCUGGGGCAUGAGGCGGCUCAGCAGGCAGCACAACAGGCUAGCGGAGACAGGAGUCGACGCAGGUGA